UCAAAGUGUGCGUUGAGAGAGUCAAAUGUUCCCAGGCAGGGGAAUCAAUCUUUUUGGCCACUUCUCAGCAGUCUCUUUCCGACCGGCGAAGUGACUGUGUUCUGUGUGUGAUAAUUUUGUGGUGUUUCACGAUCUGUCAAGCAUCUCACGGCGGGAUUUCCGUUAAUAUUGCAUUUAUUACCGCUCAACCACUUGUUCUUUUUGCAUUUUCAAUAAGCGUGCGUGCAAAUUUUAUAGCAAUGGCACGAGCUCUAACGAAAUUCACCAAGUUCCUCAAUCCCAACGUGGCCGCUCUUCCCUGUGGAGUCACUUCGGCGUCUUCGAGGCGGAACUAUGCUUCCGGUGCGAGAAUUCAGGCCUCGAAGCCUGUUGUGGAGAUGGAUGGUGAUGAAAUGACAAGGAUCAUUUGGCACUUCAUCAAGGAGAAGCUGAUCUUUCCGUAUGUGAAGAUUGAAUGCUUGUACUAUGAUCUGGGACUGCCCUAUCGUGAUCAGACCAAUGAUCAGGUCACCAUUGAUGCUGCCAAUGCCAUUCUCAAGCACAAUGUUGGCAUCAAAUGCGCCACAAUCACGCCAGAUGAGCAGAGAGUUGAGGAAUUCAAGCUGAAGAAGAUGUGGCUGAGUCCCAAUGGAACUAUCAGGAAUAUCCUUGGUGGAACUGUGUUCCGUGAGCCUAUUCUCUGCAAGAACAUUCCACGAUUGGUACCGGGCUGGACCCAACCCAUCGUCAUUGGUCGUCAUGCCCAUGGUGACCAAUACAAGGCUAAGGAUCUCGUGAUCACAGAACCUGGACGUCUGGAACUGGUCUUCACCUCAGCCAGUGGCAAAGUGACCACUGAGGAAGUGUUCAAUUUCAAGGCUGGCGGAGUAGCCUUGGGAAUGUACAAUACUGAUGAGAGUAUUCGCUCUUUCGCACACUCAUCCUUCCAGGUGGCUCUGCAGAAGAAGUGGCCCCUGUACAUGAGCACAAAGAACACCAUCCUCAAGCGCUACGAUGGACGCUUCAAGGACAUCUUCCAAGAGAUCUUUGACAAGGAAUACAAGAAACAGUUCGAUGAUGCCAAAAUCUGGUAUGAACAUCGUCUCAUCGAUGACAUGGUAGCUCAGGGACUCAAGUCUUCAGGAGGCUUUGUUUGGGCAUGCAAGAACUACGACGGUGAUGUUCAGUCUGAUGUUGUGGCUCAGGGAUAUGGAUCACUGGGCAUGAUGACUUCCGUGCUCAUGUGUCCAGAUGGAAAGACAAUUGAAUCUGAGGCUGCUCAUGGAACAGUAACACGUCACUAUCGCCAGCACCAGAAGGGACAGCCCACAUCCACCAAUCCCGUGGCUUCAAUCUUCGCCUGGACACGUGGACUUGAGCACCGUGCCAAAUUGGAUGGUACCCCAGACCUGGCUAAGUUUGCUCAGUCCCUUGAGCAGGCCUGUGUGGAUUGCAUUGAGUCUGGCAAGAUGACCAAAGAUUUGGCUGGAUGUAUUCACGGUCUGCCCAAUGUCAAGGAAGGCAUGUACUUAAACACCGAGGACUUCCUCGCUGCCAUCGCCGAGCAGCUCGAGAGGACACUGAAAAAAUAGCUCAUAUUCACCCGCUGUAAUUGAAUUUUACACUAAAAUUCACCUCGAGAUUAAUGUAAAUUUAUUGAAAAUACAUUUUUAAUUUCAUCUCCA